AAGCCUUUGAAAUGCUGUGUGCCGAGCGACCAAGCUCACUCAGUUCUUAACUUCAAAUUGUGAGCACGAGCCAUUAAUUAGUCCAAAUCGUCCAGAWACCUCCGGGUUUAUAUCGUCUACAUUACAAACUUCAUAUAUACAUCCCACAAUGUCAUCUGCCGCUUCUACCAGCUCACAGUCAAACCGUGAGUCAGGAGGCGACGCCGAGAAACGAAGCAAGAGAGAUUCGAGAAGGGCAAAUUCAUGUCGUACACCCAAAACUGUUUCCCCAGCUGCAAAAAGAAUUCAGCGAGAACUUAGUGAAGUAACUCUCGAUCCACCWCCAAACUGCAGCGCUGGACCAAAGGGUGAUAACCUGUACGAAUGGUACGCUACAAUCUUCGGUCCACCAGGUUCUGUAUACGACAAAGGAGUCUUUUUCCURGACAUUCAUUUUCCUCCUGAYUAUCCUUUCAAACCUCCAAAGGUUUCGUUCCGUACCAGAAUAUAUCACUGUAACAUCAAUAGCCAAGGUGCUAUCUGUCUUGACAUAUUGAAAGAUAGCUGGAGUCCAGCCCUAACUAUUUCCAAAGUCUUGCUGUCCAUUGGCUCGUUACUUACUGAUUGUAAUCCAGCCGAUCCUCUUGUCGGAAGCAUCGCCACACARUAUCAAAAUAACAGAGAAGAACACGACAGGAUAGCCAAAGAUUGGACCAAAAAAUAUGCCACUUAAAUGAAAUAUAACAUGGAGAAAUUAUGGAGAAAUUAGUAGUAGUAAGUUGAGUUGAAAUUAGAUUGUUAUUUUAACAUUAGAAUGAACAGCCAUGUGAUAAAAGAACAUUUCCUGGAUUAUAACGUCAGUAGAUUUUUUUCACACCUGAUGGUUCUYUGAUUUUCGUCUUAUCACGCUACACGAACAACCUCUUGUAUGCGGUUGUAUCAAAGACUUGAUGUAUAUUAUAUAAGAAAAGAACGAGAAAAAUAUAGAGGAAGAAAGAGGAAGAAACAAACAAAAGCAAGACAAAAGAKGGAUAGUGAUUAUAAUGCGAGCAUAGGCGGCGGUUCUCUUACACUGGAAAAAAUCGCGCGCUGUAAAGGUUGUAAAUUUGAUGUAAAUGAUUUCCAUACAUUAAAUUUACAGAAUUUUGGACACUUACAUUAAUAUAUUUACACCAAAUUUACAACCUUUAAAGCGCGCGAUUUUUUCCAGUGUUAGGCCCUGUUUGCAUGAGAUAGGGUGCCCUAGGUAGUGGAGCCAAGCUCUUUUAUCUGGCAAGAAGAACCCAAGAGGAUUAAAAACAAACGAGUUUGGCUCUGCUACUUAGCGGUACCCUAUCUCAUGUAAACAGGGCCUCAAAGAAGACAUUGACAAGCAUGAUUUGCUGCACUUCCUCAAGCUGUUGUAACUCAACACUUUUUAAAAAAACAAAACAAAACUUUAAUUGACAUCCUCAACAUUAAAGUAGUAAUACACCAAAUUGCAAAAGCGUUGACACAUAAUUAGAAAAAGAAAUUAUUGAGCCAAAUAAAAAAAAUUGAACUCUCGUCAAUUGAUUAACUCAAGCUUUUCAUUGUCUAUUUAAUCGAUUCAACUUUUUUGCAAUUACUUUGGAACUUUUCUUUUCUUGCACUGAAUUCUAAAGUAAGGUUCACUUAAUAAAAGGGCAAAAAGAUUAGAAAAAGGAAGAAUUUAACCAAAACAAACAAAAACACUUUAUGAAGACUGUAUAUUCUCUAUAAUUAUAGUGCUAAAGCAUAUUGUAUAUCCUCUGCUAUUAUACAUAGUAAUAUUGAGAUAACCACAUUUAAUACUGGGUUAUAAUGUAAAAAAACUCCCCAAAAUUUACAAAGUUAGUAACUUUUAGAACUUAUGUAAUCUGUAUACACUGGAAAAAAUCGCGCGCCAUAAAGGUUGUAAAUUUGAUGGAAAUAUGAUGUAAGUGUCCAAAAUGAUGUAAAUUUGAUAAAAAUGAUUUACAUCAAAUUUAUAUCAUUUUUGACACUUACAUCAUAUAUACAUCAAAUUUACAACCUUUAAAGCGCGCGAUUUUUUCCAGUGAUAGUGAUAAAUUACUGCAUCAUAAACCUCUCUGCUUAUCACUACUUAAAUUAUCAGAUAGUGUAAUUAUAAAAAAUACGUCAGGUUCAAAAAGGUUUCAUUCGUGUAUUAAGAUUUAAGGGGAUGAUGGGAUUGCAAACUGUCMCUACGCGYGUCUUUAUGARAAGUUGCGCUCCCRUGCUCCUCUUCGGUCGUAGAUUUGAUGAUGUAAUUUUUYUGAACCCGAUAACAUUUUACCAUUAAGUGUACAUCCUAACUAAUGCCAGUAAAGAGAUGUAACUAUUAAAUUAACGACAUUUUUCUUUUGCAUUUUUAUGUAUAACAUGUUUUCUGUUUGUACCUAUACMUGUAAGCUGUUUCACCUGGCAAUAACUUGUAAUUAAAUCUAGAUCUAUAUAUUCCAUAUAUAUGUAUCUGUAUUUCAAAUGGGUCAUUAUUAAAUGAAUAUAGACAACAUGUAUAUUCUUUCAAUAUGAUUAAAACGCUAUCGUUAAACCGC